AGUCACAUGGUUUUGUCAAUCGUUUCAUUUCUUGUUUAUAAUAUGUACGAAUGAAAUUGUAAAGUAAUUGGAGCUAAAAAAGAGAGUGAUUAUGAAUAGUAAUUAUUUGAGGUUUUAGUUAUCAUUUGUUAUGAUGCAACAAUAAUAAUAAUGGACAGUUUAAUAAAUAUCCACUGGUUUCCUUUGACAUCUCAAGGGAACGUGUAUUCAAUGUCAAAAUUAUGCUCUCCAUACAGUACAAAUAAAAUAUUAGUGGCUUCUUUAAAAAGAAAAAUAUUUUCUUGUGGAUACCAAAAAACUAACGAUAAAAUUCUGAAGCCUAUUGUCAAAGAAUUACUAUUCACGUAUAUUCCAAGUGGUGCAGAGAUUAUUUCUGUUGAUGGCUACAAUAAAUACCAAUUCGACGAAGAAUUCGUCAUAGGAAUAACAAUUAUUAAGCCAACUAAUGAAGGGAGUGUGGAAAGAUAUUUAAAUAUUUAUUCAGAAAGUGCAGGAGAUGGAGAGAAUUCUGAAACUUCUAUAGAAACGAUUGCACAAAAUUGUCUCACAGUAGAAUUAACUUAUACUCCAUAUUUAUUAUAUCAUACUACAAUUAUAAAUGAAGAAAAUGAGAAAGAAGUUGUUUGGCUCAUUUCUGGGAGUGACAAUCAAUUACAUAUGAUUAGAGAAGAUAAAUUCACUCAUGGAUAUGUUGAAUUCCCCCUGGAUAAAUACUUUCCGGAAUUGCUUAGUCUACAAACACUUGUGUUAUGGAUUAACGUGCACUAUUAUAACAAUCAUACCCGAAGGCUAACAGUUGUUUCUUGUGAAUCUGGAUUAGUUAAAGUAACACUAGUAAAUAUUGAAAAACUUGAAAUAAUCAAAGAAUGGAUACUCCAUUAUGACCAACCUGUACCCAGUGUACGAAUUUUUUCUCAAGAAAAUGAAUCACCUAAUUUAAUUCCUAAUGCUGAUGAACCUGAAAAUAGUAAUGAAACUAGUACUCAACCUAUCUUAAAUAUAUUAAUAGUUAAUGCUCUAGAUCCUUCUGUUGUUUUUAUGGAUGUUUUAAAAUAUGGAAUGAAAAAGGAAGUAAUACUACAAACAAAUGAUACUUCCGAUGGAAUAUUAUCAUCUUGUAUUGCUGAUAUCAAUAUGGAUGGGAAAAAUGAAAUAUUAUUGGGAACAUACAGUCAUGAAGUAUUUGUCUUCACUCUAGAUAACAAUGAAUGGAAGUUGACGAGCAAAAGAAAGUUCGAUUCGCCUGUUUAUUCUAUGUGUUAUCUAGACUUGACUGGUGAUGGUGUAAAAGAGUUAGUUGUAUUAACUCAACGUGGAGUAUAUAUUUUACAACACAAUCCAAGUAUUGUGAGUCAAAUAUGGAAAAGACGUAUAGAAAAGUUAAUGGUUCAAUCUGUCGAUGAUGCAAUAAAAAAGUUACAAAUUAAGAAUUUCAACAUGUAAAUAUAAUUAAUCAUGUGAUUAUAAAUUAAUUUAAUAAUUUCAUAAAAGUUGGUGUAUUAAAAAGUUU